AUGCCGAGAUGCAUUGUUUCUGAUCCAGCUCAACCUCACAACGUCUCCCGUCGUGCUUACCAAAAAAUUAAGCACAACUGCUUUGCGUGCAAGAAUGACGAAGCUCAUUGGGUGGCAGAUAGAUAUGAUGACUUACGUUUCUACUGUACCACAUGCGAUCUGGAGUUCCACGAUCUAUGUCUUCAGUUUCCAAGUAAGAUGAUUCACCCUUAUCACCCUCAACACCCUCUCACUUUCACCUUUCUAAACUACGAAACUGGGAUCAUGGCCGACACCACUUACCGUGAAUUCUAUAAAGUUCUAAGUUGUUUUGAACUGGAUUUUCUGAAUACCUCAAAAGCUAUUGGCCAAAAUCCAAUAUUAUGUUUGAUAAAUGCACUUGGUGUCGGAAUGAUCUGGCGAAUGGUUCUAUCGUUGUUCUAUAUGUAA